CUGCUGUGGCUCAGAGCUGCAUGGGAGACAACGCUGCUGCAGGUCCGGUUUCUUGGUGUCUGGUCGGUGCCAUCAUUUCCCUCCCCCUCUCCCGCCCUCCCCAAGCUGGUGGCUUCCCCUCCCCCUCCCCCUCCUCACAGAGGGGGCAGGGGGCUGGGCACCAACUCUAUAAUGCCAUGUGCGGUGUCUGCACAGGGCAGCGGGGCUGUGGCGGCGGCAGCAGGAGGAGGUGGUAGCCUGUGGUGGCGGGAGAGCGGUGUUGACUGGUGACCGCUUGCCCAGCUGCGCCUCCGCUCCGCUCCGUCCCUUCCUCCCUCCCUUUUUUCAGGGCUGGCACCACCGUCCCCCACCCCGCCUCCUUGGGCCCUCCCAGCCUCUCCACGUAAGCCCCCCCCCACCUGCCGCGGUUCUCCCUCCCCUCCCCCACUGCAUCUUCCUCCUCCUGUCCCCUCUCCCUCUUGGUCCUCUCAUCAAGUCCUCCCUUGGUAGUCUCUUCCCAUCCUCUCACCGGCGCUCUGCCCCCCCGCCUAGCUAGCCCUUUCUUUCUGUGUCCCCAAUCUCAUUGAAGUCCCUUUCUCCCUUGCCCCGAACUGGUCCUCUUGUCCCAUCCUGUCCCCGCCCUGGCCCCUUUGUGCCUCCCCCUCCCUCUUUCUCUCUCCCUCUCUGGCUUGGCAAUCCCUUCUCCACCUCCAACUCUCUCCCUCAAUUUGGCCUUCCUGUCCCUUCUGGACCCUCUGGUCUCCCUGUCCGGGUCCAAGUCACCAUGCUUACCCCAAUGGUGGCUGGGGGGGUGGUGUUCCCCGGACUCUUCCUCCUAUCCAAGAACACGCUCCAGAGGCUGCCCCAGCUGCGCUGGGAGGAGGCCGACGCAGUCAUUGUCUCCGCCAGGUUGGUGUCCUCUGUCCAAGCCAUCAUGGCCUCCACAGCUGGCUACAUAGUCUCCACUUCCUGCAAGCACAUCAUAGAUGACCAGCACUGGCUGUCCUCGGCCUAUACACAGUUUGCAGUUCCCUACUUCAUCUAUGACAUCUAUGCCAUGUUCCUCUGCCACUGGCACAAGCACCAAGUUAAAGGGCACGGAGGGGAAGACGGGACACCCAGAGCCCUGGGCAGCACCUGGGCCGUGGUACGCGGCUACCUGCACAAGGAGUUCCUCAUGGUGCUCCACCACGCGGCCAUGGUACUGGUGUGCUUCCCGCUCUCAGUGGUGUGGCGACAAGGCAAGGGAGAUUUCUUUCUAGGCUGCAUGUUGAUGGCCGAGGUGAGCACACCUUUCGUCUGCCUGGGCAAAAUCCUCAUCCAGUAUAAGCAGCAGCACACGUUGCUGCACAAGGUGAAUGGAGCCCUGAUGCUACUCAGCUUCCUGUGCUGCCGGGUGCUGCUUUUCCCCUACCUGUACUGGGCCUACGGGCGCCACGCUGGCCUGCCCCUGCUCUCAGUGCCCAUGGCCAUCCCGGCCCACGUCAACCUGGGCGCAGCGCUGCUCCUCGCACCCCAGCUCUACUGGUUCUUCCUCAUUUGCCGCGGGGCCUGCCGCCUCUUCCGACCCCGAGGCUCCCCACCACCCUCUCCUUGUCAGACCCAGGACUGAGGCUAGCCCUGGAACCGCCCCCCGCCCCCGCUCCAGCCCCUGUGGAGACAGUGCGUUGGGGCUAAUCGGUGUGUGUGUGUGGGGGGGGUGAGAGCCAGGAGUCCCUUCCCUUGACAGCCUCAAGACAGAUGGACUUAGAGUAAGGAGCAGCUAUAUACCCUCGGGAGCUGAGGUCAGAUUGGCAGGCAGGAAGAGAGGGAACUGGGAUGAAGAACCUCUUUUUGCCGCUGUGCUAACAAAAUGAAAGGGAAAGGGAGGAGAUGGGGCUCACUGGGACCAAGGAGUCAAGGGACACGAGGGUGGCCCCGCUGCCAAGGACAUCCUAGCCCUGCUGCUGCAAAUCCCUCUCUGUUCCCAGUCACCUGGGAGAGAGAAGACAUCCUAACUCACCCCACGUGGGCCCUGACAGGGCAGUAACCCCCACAGCUCCUUCCUGUGGAGACCAAUCUGAGGAACCAUAUUUAUUUAUUCACCCAUAUCAAACUAAUUUGUUGGGGGUGAGGGGAGGGAGGCCGUUGCUCCCCUACAACCUUUCCAGCGCUGAGCAGCCCUGGGGACAGGUGCCAGGCCAGUCCCUUCUGUCAGGGGCACAUUUAGCCCUCCGGCCCCGCUUGUCCCCGGUGCUACAGGCCAAUCGCGGCUUCCUCCAGUCUGGGGGCCACAGACCCUGGGAGGUGCUUUUACAGACCGCUAAUAAAGACGAUCUUCCUGAACGCCAGCAA